UGCAGCUGGGCCAACUCGGCGGCGCAGGCGGCGGCGAAGCGCGGGGCGCUAGCGGCAGGUCCAGCUGCCGCCGACUAUGCCCGAGCCCACCUCCGGGCAGCCGCCGCGCGCCGCCCGGUCCCCGGCUGGGGACGAUGCCAGACGCCCGGGAGAGGCCAGGGCAGCGGCGGCGGCGCGAUGGUAGUGACAAGCUCUGCCCGAGGCGGCGGUGGGGACCGCGCGCCCUCCAGGCGGCGGGGCUGCGGACUUUCGGCGCCUGGGGCCGCGGCGCUGCUGGUCGGGGCGAGCUGCCUGUGCUACGGCCGCUCCCUGCAGGGCGAGUUCGUGCACGACGACGUGUGGGCGAUCGUCAACAACCCCGACGUGCGGCCCGGCGCCCCGCUGCGCUGGGGCAUCUUCUCCAACGACUUCUGGGGCAAGGGCAUGGCCGAGAACACCAGCCACAAGUCCUACCGGCCGCUCUGCGUCCUCACCUUCAAGCUAAACAUCUUUUUGACUGGCAUGAACCCAUUCUACUUUCAUGCAGUAAAUGUCAUUUUACACUGCCUAGUGACCCUUGUGCUGAUGUACACCUGUGACAAAACUGUCUUCAAGAAUCGUGGACUUGCUUUCGUUACGGCAUUGCUUUUUGCUGUGCAUCCUGUUCACACAGAGGCGGUGGCCGGAAUUGUUGGCAGAGCUGACGUGUUGGCAUGCUUGCUGUUUCUGUUAGCCUUUCUCUCCUACAGUAGGAGUGUGGACCAGUGUUGUGUUGGGGAAUGUUUCCCUCCCACGGCUUCUCCCUUCUUCCUGCUGCUCAGUCUGUGUCUGGGGACCUGCGCUAUGCUGGUGAAAGAGACGGGCGUCACGGUGUUUGGCGUGUGCUUGGUUUAUGAUCUCUUUUCUUUAUCCCACAAUCAUGAUAAAUCGAGCAAUGGGGUCGUCCAUCAGUGCAGCCCACAGCAGCCCGGGAGCUCCCUGCCCACUGCACCGCCCGCGCACCCUCUCCGGGAGAACGGGAAGCAGCAGCGGUUCCCUCACAAAGGAGCUUGGGGUGGCUGCCAUACUCCAUUGCCACCUGAACCCAAGAGCAGUGGAUUCCCUGUGUCUCCUCGAGCUGUGUGGUCCUUGAUGAGGUAUCUGACAGCAAGCCGCAAUAGAAAUUUCUUGCUUACCAUGAGGCCAUUCUUAAAAAGGGCCAUUUUGGUCAUAAGUUAUGUUAUUGUUGUUCUGUACUUCCGUCUGUGGAUAAUGGGAGGAUCUAUGCCCCUCUUUUCAGAGCAGGAUAAUCCAGCUUCAUUUUCACCUUACAUUCUUACAAGAUUCCUUACCUAUUCCUACCUCUUGGCCUUCAACGUGUGGCUUCUGCUUGCACCUGUUACCCUGUGCUAUGACUGGCAGGUGGGCAGUAUUCCUCUGGUAGAGACCAUAUGGGACACGCGGAACUUAGCCACCAUCCUUCUGGCAGUUGUGAUGGCCUUACUGAGCCUUCAUUGUUUAGCAGCCGUCAAGAGAUUGGAGCACAGGGAAGUUUUGGUGGGCUUGUUGUUCCUGGUUUUCCCGUUCAUCCCAGCCAGCAACCUCUUCUUCAGGGUGGGUUUCGUGGUGGCCGAGAGAGUGCUAUACAUGCCUAGCAUGGGCUACUGCAUCCUUUUCGUGCAUGGAAUGAGCAAGCUGUGCACAUGGCUGAAUCGCUGUGGGGCUGCCACUCUGAGCGUGUCCACUGUGCUGCUGCUGCUGCUUUUCUCCUGGAAAACCAUGAAACAGAAUGAAAUUUGGCUGUCGAGAGAGUCCCUAUUCAGGUCUGGAGUUCAGACUCUGCCCCACAAUGCCAAGGUUCACUACAACUACGCCAAUUUCCUGAAGGACCAGGGUCGGAACAGGGAAGCCAUCUACCACUACAGAACGGCCCUCAAGUUGUAUCCGCGCCAUGCAAGUGCCCUGAACAACCUUGGAACACUGACCAGAGACACAGCAGAGGCAAAGAUGUACUAUCAGAGGGCUCUCCAGCUAAAUCCACAGCACAACCGGGCUCUUUUCAAUCUUGGGAAUCUCCUUAGGUCUCAGGAGAAAAAGGAAGAGGCUAUCAUCUUACUGAAAGAUUCCAUUAAAUAUGGUCCCGAGUUUGCAGAUGCAUAUUCAAGCUUAGCUUCAUUACUGGCUGAGCAGGAGAGGUUUAAGGAAGCUGAGGAAAUAUACCAGGCUGGAAUAAAGAACUGCCCAGAUAGCUCAGACUUACACAACAACUACGGAGUUUUCCUAGUUGAUACUGGCUCUCCAGAGAAGGCAGUGACCCAUUACCAACAGGCCAUCAGACUUAGCCCGAGCCAUCAUGUAGCCAUGGUGAACCUGGGGAGACUCUACAGGUCACUGGGAGACAACAGCGUGGCUGAAGAAUGGUACAAACGCGCCUUGCAGGUGACACGCAAAGCUGAGAUAUUAUCACCGUUGGGAGCUCUGUAUUACAACACUGGCAGAUAUGAAGAGGCUUUGCAGAUUUACCGGGAAGCUGCAUCCCUUCAGCCUUCCCAAAGGGAACUCCGCCUGGCACUGGCUCAGGUUUUGGCCGUGAUGGGUCAGACAAAAGAAGCUGAAAAGAUGACCAAUCACAUUGUGUCAGAGGAGACUGGGUGCCUUGAAUGCUAUCGCCUGUUGUCUGCUAUCCACAGCAAGCAGGAGCAGCACGACAAGGCACUUGAUGCUAUAGACAAGGCUCUGAAGCUGAAACCAAAGGACCCAAAAGUUGUAUCUGAACUUUUUUUCACAAAAGGAAAUCAACUAAGAGAGCAGAACCUUCUUGACAAAGCUUUUGAGAGCUAUAAACUGGCCGUGGAAUUAAAUCCAGAUCAAGCACAGGCCUGGAUGAACAUGGGUGGAAUCCAGCACAUCAAGGGAAACUACGUGUCUGCAAGAGCUUAUUAUGAGAGAGCCUUACAGCUGGUUCCAGACAGCAAACUGCUGCAGGAAAAUCUUGCCAAAUUGGAUCGUCUAGAAAAAAGAUUACAAGAAGUUCGAGAAAAGGAUCAAAUGUAGCAGCAUUUGACCAAGUCUCCAAGGGACAGUACUGGUGCCUUUGGAAGAGGAAGAACUGACAGACGGAAGCCUUGCUUACACAUCAGUUGGGGCACAACCGAUGAAGUUUUCCUCUUACUCGAGUUCAGGGUGGCACAUUUUGGGACACUUGCUGGUAACCCUGUGCUGGGGACUUGCAUUUCCAUGAAAGAAGACAAAGAGAGCAAAGCAAGGGCUAGAAGGGCCUGAAGGAAGGAAAACAGCAGCUACACGUUUGACAGACGUUUGUUUGCUUUAAUUCCAGAUUUCCAUUCAUAUGUCUGUCUGAUUUUCCAACCUGGAAAUCUAAUUCCAUUUCUUAGUGUAGAUAUUUGUGUCUCAGAAACAGAGGCUUGAAAUGCUAUGAGUGCAUGGCAUCUCUUCUUUAGGAGAGGAGCUAUUUCAGAGAGGGUAAAUCCUCUGGGAUAAACCAUUGGAGAAAUUCUACCAAGAGGUAGCUCAUUUAAUUCUCCAGAACUAGAAAUGAGUAUCUAACAGUGUUUGUAAAAACCUUCUGGAAUAUAUGGGGAAAGGGGCUAUUGUAAGAUAAAGCUAAGUAAGGUUUGUCUAAUAUCCUUCUGAGGAUAGUGCUAGAGCCCUAUUGAGAAGUAAAUUAAAUUCCACUCUGAUACAAGCUGUUUUCCCAUUGCCUAAUAUGUCAAAAAGGAAGCUUCUGGAAUUGUGUAUGAGUAUUCUUAUUCCUAGGGAAAAAUCAAGGGUCUUGCUACCCCUGACUCUUCAUGGAAAUGUUUUAAAUUAAUUUUAUUACAAGUAUUACUAGAGUAGUGGUUCUGCUCUAAGAUUUCAUAAGUGCUUUUAAAACUCGUAAAUGUUUCUGCCUCCAAAUAUAUUGUUAUUUUGGUGGAGAAAAAAAUAGUAUAUUCUACAUGAGAAAUAUUAAAGAUAUUAAUUGAGAGAAAUGUUCUACUUUACUAUCUUAACACUCAGACGUUCUGAGAUUAUUUUUUGAAAAUAUAUUUAACCACUGAGGAAUCUUUAUGGUAGAUUACAGAAAUCUUCAUAGACUCUAAAUAGAUGGACAGCUCUAUUGAUUUGUCUUCCUAGGCUUAAUGAGAAUUCUGUGCUUAGAACAUGAAUGAUAGAACCUGCAGUUCCUGGUUCUGUAUUUGUAAUUUUGGGGAUUUCAUGGAGAAUGCUCAAAAAAUCUAGGAAAAAAAUGUCUAAAUUCAUAACUUUAAAAUAUAUAUUUAUAGUUAAAAGAUAGGGAUGGCAAAGUUGAAUUUACAAUUUGUCUUUUAGUGUUAUUUAUUCAUAACUUAUAAAAUAUUUAAUAUAUACACACUUUUUUCCCUGUACAUAGUGGUUUUAAUAGCAGUUUUCACAACUGAUCAUACAAAAAUUAUAAAUCUAAAUUACAAGGUAGUUAAGUUUUAACAGCCCCUAAAAAAAUUUGUCUUGACUCUUCACUUGCUAAAGCUAAAGAAAUUAGGAAUCACCCUUCAGUGUUUGGGAGGUAAUAUAUUUUGAAAUUGAAGAAAUUGGAAUACUGAUUCUCAUUUGGUUUUCAUCAUAAACUUAAAAAAAAAACAAAAACCCACUCUGGUCAGUGCUGUUCCUGGCUAAGCCAGGUGUCAUACACAUGUAGGAGCCUGAAGACACGCGUAUGUCACACGCUCAGGCCAGAGCAAGAAGCCUCCUGCUUCUUUUCAACCCCAGUAUCAGAGACCACUGCCUCUCUAUGUUGUUAUUAUUAUUUUUUUGUCAAGGUAAAUCUAGAUAAAAGGAGGAAAAACUUCUUUGGAAAGGGAUGAUGCCAGGAAUAUUUUAAAUGCAAAGGAUUACGGAAUUUGAAUUAGCAAAUUCUGUUUGUGUGUAUUCUGUUUGUGUAUAUCAAUAAUCCAAUAAUGUAUAUAGUACCACUCUGAUCUUCUGUUUCUAAUAGUCUUUUAAUGUUAUAUAUCAUAAAUGUAUCCAAAAUUUCAUUUAAAAUAUUUUUAUUCCCUCCCAAAUUAUACUUCUGUAGCCCUAAGGUCAAGAAAUGUACUAAAGUAUUUAUUGUAAAAUAACUACUCCAUCCCCAAAAUGAAAAACAUGAAGCCCUAGCUAAAAACAAUAUCUAGGACUUUAAUUACAACUUUUUAGUUUUAGUGUAAAAAAAACUCAUACUUAGAAAGUUAAUGGAAAAUAUAGAGCCCCAAAUUUUGAAAAGCAAUUACGCCUUACUUGAAGGGCUGCUAAAGAUAGGCGAGUACAUUUGUUGGAAUAAUUGAAAUGGCUAUUACAGCCUAAAAGUUUCUGAGAGAAAAUGGUCACUGGCCUUCAGGAGACUUUUCCUGCCUUCUUUUGGGUGCUUUUCUCUCUUCCUCUGUUCUCUGUCUCUCUAUUUCUCUCUCCCCCUCUCUCUCCUGCCCUCUCUCCCUCGCCCCUUCUCUCUCUCCCCCUCCCUCUCUCUGUCUUUCUCACUCUGUCACUCUGUCUCGUUCUUUCUGCACUCACUGGCAUCUCUUUGAACGUUAAAAGUAAGCCUGUUUGUUGGACCAGAUAUUUCUGUCCUGAGUUAAUACUUUCACUUAUAUGUGGCCAGUGAAAUACUUUUCAUAGUUGAGUGGUGCCUAUAAGAAAAUAAAUCACAUAUUAUUUUUCAGAGAUAUUAAGUGUAUUUUAUAACUAUUUUUAUUUGCUCUUAUAACAUGAAAUAAUAUGUGGAAUUCAUCCUUAUCAAAACGAAAGUGGAGUGCCCUGGCUACUCAUGGAGAUGAAUCCAGGUUCCCUUAACAGAAGCAUGCUUGGCUGUGAGUUGAUAGCCCCUUUCUGAGAUGGAAUUGCAAAGCCAGCUUUGUGGACAUGCAGUCUCUGUAGACCCUCAGAGUCCUGCACUCAGAAGCACCUUGUGUUUGGUUGAAUUCUCUGCUUGAAGUUCUCAGUAAUUUUUGAAUAAUUCCAUUUUGCACUGGGUCGUGGGUAGGAGGGAAGGUAGCUGAGAACAAGACAGGAGUUGCUUCAGUCUAGCUGAACACUUGAUCUAAUGAGCAGAGUUUCAUUUGUGACUGUUACCCUGUGCAGCAUUGGCUAUUUUGUCUCAGCUACACUUAGAGUUCCUUGUGUACAUAUAUUCCCCUCCUACUGCCAGUCUAUCUAACCUGUCCUUCUGUCUGACCAGAACCAGUUCUCCUUGCCUUCAAAUUCUCCAAUAAGUGGCAGUCCUUUCACAUGUCCUUCGACAUGGAGCCACGAGAAUGGCUUUACAAGUUUAUGUUAACCUUAAGAAUUAUUCAGGAUUUUAAAAACUGAUUCAGAUGUUUUCAACCUGUUAACGGCAUUCGUAAAACAUGGUUCAGUGAUGUAACGUAAGUGAACUAAACCAAAGAUUUAAAUACCUUGGAGGAAAAGAAAUUUUAUUUUAGGGAAUCCUGAGAUAUAUCUUUUAGGCCUGUUUAUUUUGCAGCCCAUCAAAAAACAAAGAGGAUUAUCAGCGCUUUGACUCCAACUCCCCACAGUACUUCACAGCCCCCAGUGUACGAGUCUGACGUGCCUAACAUGUGGUACCUCGGUUUGGUGCAGGGUUUUGCAGUGGUUGUGCAACUGCGUUUCAACAGGACUGAGAAAAUCCAAACCUUUCCAUACAGGGUUUUGUAUCGCCUCUAUUAAACAUUCCAGGCCUCCCGGAUUGAAGAGCCGGGUUCAGCUGAUAGCUGAGCUCUCGCCCCUCACACACAGGUGCUUUGGCCCUGGUGGAUUUGAGGAUAACCUGCGUGCACACCUUUAGGAAUCCCUGGACCCUGGCCACCCAGGUUAUGAUUCUAAUGUGCAGUGAGGCAUUUGACCUUUAUAUUUACAGAAUUCUUGGUUCUCAGAUGGACAGGGAUUGCCUUGCCAUUUGCACGUACUGGACGAGGCACCCGGUAUAUAAAACUCAUAUUGUUUAUGACUCAUAGAAGGGCCCAUGACAUAGAGCCAUGUUCUCUAUGCCUCCCUCUUUCUUUAGGUUACACAUGUCAGCUUUCAUUAAUUAUUUCUUAAUUGUACUCAUUAGAAUCAGUUUUUAAAAAAAAACAACAAAAAAACUUUUUCUCUGAUUUGUGACGGAUUUGCACUUUAGAUCAAUAAAUCCAGAGGGUAUUAGUAAUAACACUCAAAGCAAAUGUAGUUAUAGGUGUUCUGUUUAUUUUAAUUUUUUUCCUGGUUUCUGAAUCACAUUUACUUUGAUUAAAUUGUAUGUUGGUAUCUCCCAAUAAUAGCAAAACUUAACUAUCUAAAUGGCAUCUUUUGGCAUUUUAAAAGUAACUACCUGUCAAAUCCUGUAUUUAGGCUGUAAUUGAAUAGGAUGAAAACUUACAAUGCCAAAAACUAUGGAGAAAUAUAACUGUUUAUGAUUAUGAUUAUUCUUGAAGUUUUCAGUGUGAAAAAUAUGUUGAACAGUUCUUCCAAAAAUAGCACUUCCUUAUUUUUUUUUGGUAGUCAUAUAACUUAAAGAGAAGAAAUAAAAUAACUUCAACCAAAGCUAUGGUUUACUGUCAGUAAAAUAAAAUGUCACAACAGAAUCAAUAUCUAUCAAUUGGCUCAUAUAAAAAUGUUCCAUUUUUAUCACCAAGGAUCCUUUCCAUGAAAACCUUUAGGGCAUAUAACUUGUAAAAUUAGCACCCAUCAUAAUAUGCAGUCAUUAUCAGUUUGUAAGUUUAGAUCAGCAUUUACCACAAACUGAAAAGAGAUGUCUAUGUCCAGAAAUCCAGGAGUUUUUUCCCAUUCUCAGUGGGGCACGUGGUGCAUAUUUGUAUCACUUUAGACUUUGCCAAUGUGCAUAAUGUCCUUCUGGGGUUGUGUUGCUGGUCCAUAGGAGGGGUGACCCAGUCCAAGAACCAGGAGAUCUGGAUUCUAGUCCUGCUCUGCCACCGAGGUGCCGCCUCACCUGGGACAAGUUACCAAGUGUCUCAGUCAUGUUUAUUGUCCAUUAAAGGAGUGGUUACUCCUAUGGACCUAUCCAGCUCUGUGAGUCCCCUGAAUCCAAAUGCAAAGCCCUCUGCCUCUGAAGAGAUAACUGAUAAGUGUUGCCCUUCGUUUUAGAAAUUCUUAAUCAUUGCAGCAAAACACAUACACAAACAACCCUAAAAGUGACUGAACUGCCCAAGUACUUUACUAUGGCAGAGGUAACUACUCUUAUUUUGCAGUCUGUACAUAUAAAAAUUAGCGAUUUUUUUACGUUUCUAAGGAAAAGAGAUUUUAAAAAAUUUCCUCCAAAGGAACUAAAAUAUCUGUAUUUUAGCCCCAUGGCUUGCUUUUACAAUGUGGAAAUCAUUUGACUUGCUGUGACUCACCCAUCCCUCCUUUUGUCAGAGGAAAAUACUUACAUCAUGUUCUUGAUCAGUUAUAUAUAAAUGUACAUUUUUGUUACUUUUUCUGUGCCAGUUAGAAAUAUAUCUCCCAUAAAGUAUUUCUCCCAUUUAAGUCUGAUUAUGUACACUUUGCCUAGAUCUUUCCAAAAUAAAAUUUAUGUAAAUGUCUAUUUUAUAUAAAAUAUGAUGAAAAUAAUUAUGUCUUGUUUCAAUCUC